UUCUGAUGAAUAGAUUGUCUUCAGUUAUCAGAUACAUGCAUUUGAAGACAAAUAGCUAGUUAGAAUACCCUAACAAUAUGCUAUAAAUAUGUAAAACCAUAUUUUCUUAUUUAUAGAGAAAAGGAGAAUAGCUCAGGUACUCAAAUAUGGGUAAAAACAACACAAACACCUUAACCCCCUAAAUAGCAAACUAACCUAAUAAAACACUUAAUCUAAUACGUCCAUCUCCCUUACAAGUUUAAAUUCCAAAUCUCCAUUCCCAUUUCCCUUCAAUUGUCCUUGAAAGUUUAAUCAAUCAUCUGCUCUGUAAACCUCACAGAACAUUGUAAAUACAAUUAGAAAAUAUACCCCAAACAUUCAACAAAAGAGACCAGGGGAUCAUAAUCAUCAACACACAUAUAUACAUAUACCAUGGCAAGCCGGUUUUUCUUAGUCUUCAUUCUCGUAAUUCUAACCAUCGUUAACGCAACAUUAGCAGCUGAAGCUGAAAAACUUCAACCUGUUGUUGACGACACCAAGAAAGCAGCAGACAACGCUACGAAGAGCUUGAUAGAUAGCCUUGGUCCGUCUCAAGAUAACCCCGAUUACGAAAUCCCUUUAGAACUUGCACCGGGCGGCGUCCAGGUGGUGGAUGAUUACAUGCCCAAUAUUAGCCCCACCGGAGAGAAAGAUGACUCUCUUGCACAACCAGAAUCGGAUGUCAAUGCCUCGCCAUCCAGCCCCGCCUCUGUAUCUUUUUCAACCGUUGCCGUUGCUGCGGUGGGAGGAGCCGGCUUAUUUUUCUUUUGAACACACUGCAGGAGACCAAAUGAUGUCCUUUUGACUACUCAUGUGAUACUUUUAUGAUUUUUGGAAUCUAUGGCAAAAGU